AUGGGGACGCAAAAAAUGAGUAUUAUUAUUGGAGUGUUGCUGUAUUUUUCACUAUGGGCCUCAUUGGUAUCUUGUUCACCAGAAUGCUCCACCGUGACAGAACUCUUCUCUGCCUGCUCCACCUUCAUCACAUACGGUUCCCCUGACCCUUUCCCUGGGUCUCCUUGCUGCCACGCCAUGAACAGCCUCAAUUUUGAUGUCAUUGCUGACUCCAUUGAACAACGGAGAUUUGUUUGUCACUGCUUAAUGGACCUCAUCAUGGCCUACAAUUCCAAUGCCUCUACUAUUGCUGCCUUGCCUGGCUUUUGUGGCAUCUCUUUGGGCUUCACUAUUGAUCCCAAUACGGAUUGCAACUUGUAAGCCUGGCCCAAGACCA